CUAUAGUUUCAAAGGUAUCACUAACAAAAUCAUAUUCAAGAACAGAAAAAAAAAAGAGCUAAAGAGGGUUUUCAUUUGAAGAAGAAUGACACUUGGAAACUCCUCUAACCACAAAUCUCAUCAUCAUCCUCGUCAUCACCGCGACUCGGUGAAGGAGUUUCGAGUUUCCUUUGCAGCUGAAGAACCGAUCCAUGUCUUGGAGUAUGAGGAUAUGAGGAGGACUCAGAGCGAGAGAAUGAGUAGGAGAGAGGCUACAAAACAAGUGGAUGUUGACAAGGAAGCAGAUGAAUUCAUCAAGUUUGAGCAUAGGAAGUUCUGUAAGUGGACGACGGCUAAGAGCAUCUAGAGCCGUCUAGUCCAUUGGGGAUGAAUAAUUAAAAAACAAAACAAUAAGGACAUAUACCAUAUUUUAUAUAUAUAUUAUUGAAUUAUAUCGAUGUAUUGUGCUCUGUCUUCUUCCUUUUUUCUUGUCACUAUCUUCUGGUUUCUUACUGUGGUUACUUUUUGUAAGAAAAUUGAUGUCGUUUGUUUCCUUUAUCUAAAAGGGUGCAUGGAAAUAAAAAUUUAAAACUAUAAUUGGUAA